AUGCUUUUUUCCAAGGUUCUCCCACUUUCUGUCUUUGCUUCCUUAGCUGCUGCUCAAGGCCCACAUAUUCUGGCGACAUUUUCAACCCAUAGUGGGGAAAUAUUCGAUGUCAAGACGCAUAUCUGCAUCAAUUUUCAGCAAUGGCAGCCAAUCUACAAUACUCUACAGGUGACUGAUCCCUUUGAAUGCGAAUUAUAUUAUGGUCGAGGCUGCAAUGAUGAAGUUGAUAGAUUCUAUCCGGGAGACUACGAAAUUACUCAUGUGUAUUUCAAGUCAGUUCGUUGCCAUCUCUUGGAUGAUUAA